GAAGUAGUCCACUCCACCUCUUCCGUUUCGUGAGCAAAACAAUCCCGCAUGAGGCUAACUAACAUUUACAACAAACAGAGACUAUUUUGUUAUAUUUGUACCCUGACGAACCAAAUACGCCUCGGAAACAGCUAAUCCAUUCAGAGAAGAUUACAUGUAAUGUUUUUAGCUGAACGGCAGCCAGAAAAAACCGGGGCUAAAAUACAGUGGCGUGCUAACGAAUAAGCUAACUAGCUUACCACAGUAAUGGCAGCAUCAACUCCUCCACCGAUUUCUGCUCCCGUUUUAAGUCAGAAGCAACGCAGGGCAGCUCAAAGGAAAGAGAGAAGGAAACGGAAACGCCAAGCUCUUGCCCAAGCCAGAGAAUGUGAUUUAAAUAAUGGAGAAGGCUAUGCCCCUGAAGAAGAAGAAGAUAUAAAUGAUGGAGAUGAUGAGGAUGAUGCUGCUGAGGAGGAAAGACUGCGGCUCCAUGAAGAGUGGCUGGAAAGAGAGAGGGUUGCCCAGGAGGAAUUUAGGCUGCAGUCGGAGAGGGAAGAAGCUGCAAGGAAAAGAAAAGAGGAGGAGGAGCGGAUGAUAAAGGAGGAAUGGGAGGCCCAGCGGAGGAAAGAACAAGAAGAAAAAGAGCAAAAGCAGCAGGAGAAGCGAGACAGAGAGGAGGCUGUUCAGAAAAUGUUGGAUGAAGCUGAAAAUCAGCUAGAAAAUGGAGGACCGUGGAUGAAUCCUGAGGCUCCUGUGACGGUGAACUCGGAGAACUUUGGAACAGAACGUGACAUAGCAAACUGCCCUUUCUUCCUUAAAACCGGAGCAUGUCGAUUUGGAAACAGAUGUUCUCGGAAGCACAUUUAUCCCACAACUAGUACAACUCUGAUGGUCGUUGGUAUGUUUCGAACGUUCGGCAUGGAGGAGUCACGCCGUGAUGAUUACGACAUGGACGCUUGUUUGGAGCACAGCGAGGAGGAUCUGCACGAGUCUUUCCUCGAGUUCUACCAUGAUGUUCUACCGGAGUUCAGAAGUAUCGGCAAGGUGGUGCAGUUUAAGGUCAGCUGCAAUUACGAGCCUCACCUGAGAGGAAAUGUUUACGUUCAGUUUGACACGGAGGACGAGUGCAAAGAGGCCUUCAUCAGGUUCAAUGGGAGGUGGUAUGCAGGCCGACAGCUUCACUGUGAGUUAUGUCCUGUGACACGGUGGAAGAAUGCAAUAUGUGGAUUGUUUGACAGACAGAAGUGCCCCAAAGGGAAGCACUGUAACUUCCUGCACGUAUUUCGAAAUCCUGGCAAUGAAUUCUGGGAGGCCGACAGGGACCUGCACUUGUCCCCGAACUGCAGCAUCAGAGGGAGUCGCAGGGACGGAUGGCAGUCAGAGCGACACGGAGAUCGAUCGUGGAGGCAACGACGCUACAGCAGGAGCCCAGUAAGGUCGGAGAGAUCGCACAGCAGACGAGAGGACGACCGGCGCAGGAGCAGAGAGAGGAGAGACGACAAAUGGUCCUCCAGAUCCCGACACAGUGACAGGAGGACAAAUGUGAGCAAAAGUAGAGAUAGGUCGAGGAGCAGGAAUAGAGACAGAGAGCGAGACAGGAGGAGAAACCGGAGUAGAGAUAAAGACAGGGAGCAUAUGAACAGAAGUGAAGACCGAAACAGUAGAGACAGAGAUGAAGACACUUGCCGAGACGCAAGAGAAAAGUCAAGAAGCACUAGCAGAGAGAGGGAAAGAAGGAAGCGAAGUAGAGAAACAAGCCCAAAGAAUCCAGAUAAAGACAAAAGGAAGUCCAAGAACGAUUCCGAUGCUCAGCGCAUCCACAAACGCUCCAAAAAGAGCAAGAAGAAGAGCAAGAAGAAGCAUAAAAAGAAAAGCCAUUUGCCUGAAGAGUGGACUUCUUCUGGAGAGUCGGACAAGGAGAAAGAAUCAGAGGAAGAGACGGCAGAGAACCAUUCUGCAACAACUCCCAGUGGAGACGUAAAUGAAACAGAACUAACUCAGAAAAACAAGGACUUAGAUGAAAGUGUUGACAAUCAAAAUGACAUAAAUUCAGAGGUGAAAAGUGAACAGUCCAACAGUGAAAUCUCAAAACAGCUGAGUGGAAAUGGUGACAUCACUUCUUCUUAGUGGAUCCUGCAUUUAAAAAUCUGUAAGUUUGUUCUGACUUUUCUCCUUAUAAAUAUAGGAAUCCAUUGGAAGGAAGAGAUAAUUAUUUUUGUAUGCAGCGAUAAAUUUAACUUGGGUGUGAAACUACAUUGUUAGUUAAAAGUUGUAAGUGAGCAGUAAAAUUGGGAUUUCAGACACAUUUUGCAACAUCACAGAAAUGAUGGUUUUAACAAAUCUUUAAGAUGAGAUGCAUUCAAUUGUGGAAUGUUUACAUUUCUAUGUAGUGGAUAAUUUUCCACACUAAAAACCCAGAGUAAAUGCAACUAAGUGCACUAUAUAUUAAAUAGGAAGCCAUUUCAUACACAGCCUACAUUAGCACCUACCACCACACUUACACAUACAUUACCGUUCAGAAGUUUGAGGUCACCCAGACAAUUAAACUCACACUUUUAUUCAUGUGAUAAAAUAAUAACACAAGGGUUUUCUAAUCAUCAGUUAGAAUACAACAGGAUUAGCGAACAUAAUGUAGCAUUAGAACACAGGAGUGAUGGUUGCUGGAAAUGUUCCUCUGUAUCCCUAUGGAGAUAUUCCAUUAAAAAUUUCCAGCUAGAAUAGUCAUUUAGCACAUUAACAAUGUUUAGACUGGAUAUAUCGUUCAUUUAAUGUUAUCUUCAUUGGAAAAAAAAAAACUUUUCUUUCAAAAAUAAGGACAUUUCUUAGUGACCCCAAACUUUUAAACUGUUGAGUGGGAGUAUUUGGUCUUUGAAAAUGCUCAUUGUUGCUUUAAUUGAACGUUCAAUCACUGUUACAUGGUUAUUAAUGCUCAGUAAAAACAACCUAAAAAAAACA